GCGGGCGGGCGGCCGGGGAUCGGGGCAAGGGCUAGUGCCUGGGGCCGCCCGCCCGAGGGGGAGGAGGCUGCGGCUGCCCCUGUCGCAGGUUCGCUGGGGAGCGGGAGGGAGGCUGGGACAUGGAUAGGGUGCGGUCUGCGCGGGGCCCGAGCCCGGAUCUCUUCCAUUUCCCCUCUCACUCGGCCCCGGGCCGCGCCGCAGACGGCAGCAGCUCCCGCUCUGCCCGAGUCGCCUGACCGCCGAGCCGGGGUGCAAACCGCGGGGCCCGGCCAGCCCGCCGGUCCGACCAGCCCAGCCCAGCCCAGCCCCACCGGCCCGCAGUCCCGCCGCCCCCCGCCGCCGCCGCGUUGCCAAAACAAACGGGCCGGCCUAUUUAUUGGCGGCCGGCGGGCUGGGCAGCUCAGAGCCGAGGCGCCGAGGGGGACAGAGUGCCGCCACCAGCCCGGGCCUUGGGCCCCCGUCCCCCACCUCCCUGCAGAGCUCCGUCCCGCCCCCGCCGAUGGCGCUCCCGCCCGGAGUCCCUCAGCGCCACCCCAACGCCUGAGCGCCCCGCAGCGCCCCCGCCCGCCCGCCCGGCGCCCUCGGCCGCUCCCCCGGGGCUCCCGGCCAUGUCUCCGGCCCGGCUCCGGCCCCGACUCCGGCUCUCGCUGCUACUGCUGCUACUGCUGGCGCCGGCGGCAUGGGGCUGCGGGCCGGGCCGGGUGGUGGGAAGCCGCCGCCGGCCGCCGCGAAAGCUGGUGCCCCUAGCCUACAAGCAGUUCAGCCCCAACGUGCCCGAGAAGACUCUGGGCGCCAGCGGGCGCUACGAAGGCAAAAUCGCGCGGAGCUCGGAGCGCUUUAAGGAGCUCACCCCGAACUACAAUCCAGACAUCAUCUUCAAGGACGAGGAGAACACGGGCGCCGACCGUCUCAUGACCCAGCGCUGCAAGGACCGUCUGAAUUCCUUGGCCAUCUCGGUAAUGAACCAAUGGCCAGGCGUGAAGCUGCGGGUGACGGAAGGUUGGGACGAGGACGGCCACCACUCCGAGGAGUCGCUGCACUACGAGGGUCGCGCCGUGGACAUUACCACGUCUGACCGCGACCGGAACAAGUAUGGGCUCCUGGCAAGGCUGGCAGUGGAGGCCGGCUUCGACUGGGUCUACUAUGAGUCCAAGGCGCAUGUACACUGCUCGGUCAAGUCCGAGCACUCAGCUGCAGCCAAGACUGGCGGCUGUUUCCCAGCAGGAGCCAGGGUUCGCCUGGAAAAUGGGGCUCGAGUGGCCCUUUCUGCCUUGCAACCAGGGGACCGGGUGCUGGCCAUGGGGGAGGAUGGGAGUCCAACCUUCAGUGAUGUGAUCAUCUUCCUGGAUCGAGAACCAGCCAUUCAGAGGGUUUUCUAUGUCAUAGAGACCCUGGACCCACCCCGGCGCCUGACACUCACCCCAGCACACCUGCUGUUCACUGCAAAUAACCACACAGAGCCUGCCACUGGCUUUCGAGCUACCUUUGCCAGUCAGGUGCAGCCUGGCCAGUAUGUGCUGGUGGCAGGAGUUCCAGGGCUGCAGCCUGCCAGGGUAGCAGCUGUUUCCACCCAAACGGCCCCAGGGGCCUAUGCCCCUCUCACCAAGCACGGGACACUGGUGGUGGAGGAUGUGGUGGCCUCCUGCUUCGCAACUGUGGCUGAGCAGCGCCUGGCUCAACUGGCUUUCUGGCCCCUUCGGCUCUACCAUAGUCUGUCAUGGGGCAGCAGGACCCCAGGAGAGGGUGUCCAUUGGUACCCUCAGCUGCUGUACCGCCUGGGGCGCCUCCUGCUGGAUGAAGACAGUUUCCAUCCCUUGGGAAUGGCAGGGAUGGGCAGCUGAACCGUGCCCCUUCCCCAUUCAUCCCCAACCCACCAUGCUGGGCAUGAAGCCUCUCCCACCUCAAAUCCCUCUAUUCCCCGAGCCGGGAGGACUCCAAUCCUGGUAGAUGGGGAAGGAACAUGGGGAGGAGAGGACGGGGGAGACCUGCUUGGUCACCAGGGAGCCACCUACAGCCAAAUCACUCAAAGUUCUCUGCCAAGUUGGCACGAAGACAGUGGAUGUGAGCCGUUAGGUGUCCGAUUUCUAGCCACAGAACAAAAAGAGCCACCACGAACCCUCUAGAGACCUCGAAAGUUGGCUCAUUGCUCUCAUCGCUCCCAGCCAAUAAGCAACGCCCCCCCCCCCCCCCCGCCCCUUCCCUGACUCUAAGAGGCCUCCUGUUUCCGGUCCCAGGUCUGAGUUCGCCCUUGGGGUAAGGUGCACCUUCCUUGAUGCUGCUAGAUUUCUCAAAGGCAGAGUGAAGGAGAAGUUCCUGGGGAAAGGAAAAACUCCGAAAGUCUUCCCUCGGCCACAGGGACUUGAAACUUCUCAUGUACACACUCCCAGAGAGGCCCCAAAGACUUUGAUUAUUGGUGGAUAGAGUUCUUGGGAGCGAGCGGAACCCUGUGAUCUAGCCAAUAGGAUGGGGGCCUCCGAUCCACUCCCCUUGAGGGAACGAGGGGACCCAAAGAAGAAGAGGAAUUCUCGGGAGCCCCAGAGAGUGUAUAUGUUGGGGUGUGGAUCCGUCUUUCAACCCAGCCGGGACCCUUCAGGACUGCGUGGAGGGGGAAGAAGGUUCCCCACAGUAUGAGAUGGGGCUGGGGAGCACUGGCUUCCGGACUAAGCACAAUUCCCUCCCCAUCUAUAUCUCCCCCCACACCCCCCUCCUCCAGUCGUGUCCCCCCCUUCUUAUUUAUUGGCGCGGAGGGGGAGGUCCGUGGGGGCGGUUUGGAAGCAUUUUUGUCUUCUCUUUCUUUUGUAAUAAACGUUAUUUAAGGUGGUCACAACUGCGGGGCAGGGUCGUUGUAAUGAGAGCAAUAAAUGAUUCACCGGCAAGGUGGACAGCUCCUUUGCCCCUAAA